CUCCCUCGCCCCUUGGGCUGUAGGUUGCUCUGUCCUGAUUUCGGGUCGGCAGGCGAGCAGCCCGUCGCCGCGCCGGCUCCAUUCCAGUGCCCGUUCGUCGGCUCGCCGUUUCGGCCCUCGCUGGACUCGUUUGCACCCGAGAGCGCGCCCCACGGAACGCCAACAAUAACCCCGAGGAUUCGCGACCGGCCGGACAAUUACGCCGGCAACCGCCGGACCCUGCCUCUCUUCUCCCACCCCACGCAACGCCUCUGGUGCACUGGUGCGCGGGACGGUAACACAAACAGAAAGGAAGUUUGACGGAGGCCCCGCGUCGAGGAGUCGCUAAACACGCGGCUGCAAUACUUUUUUUUUUUUUUUAAGAAGUUCGCACAUUGAUAUUUGGUGUGGAGGCGCACAGCGUGGAAGACGGUGUGGUUGAUGGUUGGGUCGGUGAGGACCGCGUCGUCGUCGUCGGUUGUGGUCGGAGUCCCAGGAUCGCCGCUUUGUGGAUUUCCCUUCGCUUCGCCACGGGGGCACUGUGCGAAUUCUGGAUAACGACAACGAGGGGCCGGGGCGGCGCAGGUCUGGCGAGGCGCCAUGCUGCGGGAGUCCUCCUGGUGGCCAGUCCUGCUCCUGACAGCCUGCCUGCACCUCGCCGACCCCCAGAUACACCUCUACAUCCCAGCACAUCGUGAGACAGACUCCGAGUCUGGCUACUCGAAUCGGCAAGGCUCGUGCUCGUACGGCGGCGACGACCGGUGCACCUUCGUGCUGCUCUGUCUGCUGUCCGGGGGCACGUCGGCGGGCCGCUGUGGCAACAGCCUGCUCUACACGUGCUGCUUGCGCCCCAGCACGAGGUCCUCGCUGCCCGCAGACCACGCUCCGGCCGCGCAGCUGGUGCACGCACGCAGUCCCCCUGCAGCCAGCUCGUCAUCCGCGUCCUCCUCGGCGGCGGCCAGGGCCACCCAGCGGAAGUACUACCCCGUCGACGAGGACGACAUUUGCGGAAGGUCCACAAACAAGCCCCAGCGAAGAAUCAUCGGUGGAGAAGACGCCCAGUACGGGGAGUUUCCAUGGCAGGCCCAUAUCAAGAUUUCCCGUCAGCAGUGCGGUGGAGCACUCGUCAACCAUUUCUACGUGGUCACGGCAGCGCAUUGUGUUCAUCACACGCCCCUGCGGCGCAUCUCUGUGAUCCUGGGCGCGUACGACAUCCAGGACCAGCGGUACCAGCUGUCCCAGGCUCAGGCGUACAGCGUGGUGGAGAAGAAGAUCCACCCCAACUUUGCCUUCUCCGCGUCCCAGCCGGACCGCUUCGACGUGGCCCUGCUGCGGCUGGACCGCCACGUCCGCUACCAGGAGAACAUCCUGCCCAUCUGCCUGCCGCCACGCGGGUGGACCUUUGAGGGCUGGAGGGCCUCGGUCACAGGCUGGGGCAAGACAGACUCCACCCUCAGCAACCGCUACGGCACGAGGGUGCUGCAGAAGGUGGAGGUGCCCAUCAUCACGAGGAGCGAGUGCGAGCACUGGCACCACAUCAGAGGCAUCCGCAUCCGCAUCCAUCAGGAGAUGAUGUGCGCGGGCUACAAGGAGGGUCGGAGGGACGCCUGUGUGGGCGACUCGGGCGGGCCCAUGAUGCUGAACCUGCACGGCCGCUGGACCCUGGUUGGCAUCACGUCGGCGGGCUUCGGGUGCGCCCAGUCCUUCCAGCCGGGCAUCUACCACCAGGUGUCCAUGUCCGUCGACUGGAUCCUGGCCAACAUGCGGUGAACGCCACACGCUCGAACUGACUCUCCAGACCUCGUCACAUCGGCGUGAAUCAUCGUGCGAGACGUCGGUGCGGGUUUGCUGAUCAACCGGCGGGUAAAAUUGUCAAAAAAGAAAGUCUAAGCAACGUGCCCGGCUCCGUCAACCAACACCACCUAGAACAACCAAGACCCGCUAACAUUCUCGUAUUUUUCCAUGGUACGUAAUCACAGUCGAAUGGCGAAAAUUCAUCAGUUAGACCCGAAACAGAUGCCCAGCGUCCUUCGAUGCGUUGAUUGUACAUGAAGCCCAGCCUAACACUGACGCAGCAGUAGUGUCUUCGCUCGAUCACGACGCCAAAAUUUUAGCGCCAGGCUUUGGCUAUCCUAUAGCUCGACCUAGCGCUCCAGCCAGCUCCGAUCCUAAGCCUUGCCCGUAGUUCUCAAGUUGGUUCUAGCUUAGCACAACCUUCCCCGAAAAAACACCCUUACAUUCUUCUGCUAUGAAGUACACGAUUUCGUUUCACUCGCAUUUAGAACUUCACAUUUUUUUUCUGCGCGCGGAAUCGAACUUUAAUAACCGAAGCGAGGGCGGAAUACCGCAGGUCAUUCGCGUGUAACGCUACCUAAAGCCGCGGACACACUAUAAUUAUGCACUAUACAAAAAGGCAGCCUGCAGACACUGCCUUUGCAUGGCGCACCUGCAAGACUGGUCAUAAGAAAGCUGUAUGCAGACAUGUGCAAAGCAUGCGUUUGCAUGAAACAAACAUGAUUCAAACAUGCUUGAUAUGCGUCCGCAGGUAGUUCCGUCAAAAUGUCUGGAGACAGCAGCUUGCUUUUUGUAUCAUGUAUGGGCAGUGCGACUUGGGCUUCGGCUUCUUGUGCCCACGUAACCGGUCACGUGAGCAGAAAGACCUCUCUUGAGGCUAUUUUACCCGCCCGUCGAUGUACUCGCAGAGAUCGCCGAGCCGCCCGCUCAGAGGAGUCGUAUACGUAGGACGUGCGGUGCCUGUGUCUUCCUCGACGGAACACGGAUUGUGCCGUCGUCGCGGAGUGGUGCGGUGUGCUUCCCGCUGGUUUUGGAAGAAAAGCGUGCUAGUAUGUGUGUGUGUUUGAGCGAGUGUGCGUGCGUGUGUCGAGAUUUUUAGGUUGGAAUGGGACAAGGACAACGUGCCAACCCGUCUUCAUGAAGAGGAUUGAACGCUCGGUCGCGCUCAUUGUGCUUUGCGACCACGUCGCUCUGUUGUAGGGUGAUUUCGAUCAACUCGUUGUUAUUGCGAUGAAGUAAAAAUGGCUACCCUGCUUA